CACCCAAGACCUUGACCUUUGUACUAGAUAACCCCCCCAUUAUCGUCCUCUUCUUUAUCUCUAUUGUGUUGUCUACAGUCCUCUAAAAUUUUUGAAAAUGUCGGGCAUGGGAGCUCAGUUCCUAGCGAAACACAAAGCUCUUCAAGAGGAGAAUGAAAACCUCCGUGACCAAGUCGCACAGUUGCGGGAAGAGAUCAAGGGCCUCAAAGACGUGAACCGAGAACAGGAGCGGCAGGUCACAGAGCUUUCCCAGGGGAAAGAACUGCUUGGAAAGGAUAUAGAGAGAGUCCGUGGCCAACUGGGGGAAGCCAAAGAAGCACUCGAUGCUGGUGCCCAAGACAAUGCGAAGUUGAAGGCCCUUGAAAGCCGCGUAGAACUCCUACAAAACGAAUUGGAUGAGACCUUUGCCUCUGCAAAACAGGCAAACAAGAGUCGUCAGGAAGCGGAGCUUACAGCGGAACACUUCGAACGCCAGGCAAAAUCCGCCGAGGCACAGGCAAAGGAAUGGGAAGCAAAGCAUGAUGAGAUAUCGCAGAAGUACAAGGCACUGGAGCAGGAGAUGAAGGAUUUGGAGACUACUCUCAAUAGCAUCUAAACUCUUCCGUCUUGAUCCUUCGGAUUGCUGUUUGCCAAGCAAAAAUGGUUUCACGACCGAUCCUUUACACUUUCUCAAUCGUACCUUCUGUUGUCAUAUUCCUCUAAUGCGUCCGUUUAUUUCGUAUCUCAGCGUCAUUCGGUCAGGGGAACUUGAACUUUGAGAAUUCGAAGUUCUGACUGUUUCCAAGAUGCCAGACCACAGAAUAUGUAUUUAAUUAUAGAAUUGAAUAUAUCAUGUUGCUCGUCU